AUGACCGAGGCGGUAUUGUAUCGUGUACUGUACUGUACUGUAUUUGUGGCGUGGACCGGCCGAGCGAUGAGCGCAUUCUGCAGAUCUUGCAGGCUCCUCCCUGCCCGCCCGCCUCGCCUGCCUGCCACCCCCCCGCGUCGCUUCACCGACGCUGCCCGUCUUCAGACGCCAUUGACGAGCUUGCUGAUCCUCAACGGCUUCACCGCCGUCUGCGCUCUUGACGCACGCCAGCAAUACGUGAGUUUGAACAAGACUAAUGCACAGCACACUCCAUGUGGUGGAUGGGAUACAGUGUGUAGUACUUGGGCUGAUGAGAUGCAGUUGCCCGCCAACGUCCGGCUCCGCUCUGGCACCCCUGCCUAGCGCCCCUCGUCACGCUUGCCUUUGUUCGCUCCCAGCCGACCUGACAAAUGCCAUGAACAAAUCUCUCUGCAUCAUCAUCUAUCUACCUACCUAACCACCUAGCCAUCUCUUCAUCGUCACCAAAUCAACACGCCUGAACCCUACCUCAGCCAUUGCUUCUUCUGCUGGCCUCCUUCGUCGUCCAUGCCCUUUCUCAUCUGCCGCCCUUCGCAUGACAGACAUUGACUUCCCGCCGCGACGUAAUCAUGACCCACUCCCACCACAAACACACAGCAAGCACAUCACCCAAGCUUUUCGCGCAAUCGUAUGCCAAGUCUGGGGCUCUGUGCUACCCUUUCACAACUCUUAUCGGUCAAGCUACCCUGAUCCGACGCUUGCUGCCAACCGGCUCCCCUGGCACGCCUUUUUGGUCUUUUUUCUCUUUUUUUUUUCUCUCUCUCUCUCUCUCUCUCUCGUCCAAAAUUUGAUAGUCCGCCUUAAACCAAGCCGACCCACAUGCUUAAUUUCCUGCCAACUGACUAUCGUGUGCUAAUUGCGGCCCCAGCUCCUCUCCUGCAUUGGUCGUUGCUGCCCUGAGUCGCUUUUGCUUGCAGUCCGCCCCUCCCCCCCGGCUAGUCAUCGCCGUACAUAAUAUAGUACUGUUUCCAGCCCACAAUCGUGCCGUCCACUCACUGUAAACAAACACGACGAUGCCCC